UAGGGAAGCGGUUUGUAACCUGCUCGAGUUAGUGCGGGCGCAGAAAACGAUCGACUGGACUGGUAAUCAUAUCUACAAGAAACCAUUCGGAGCAAAAGCUCCUAGCUUAAAAUACUGCCUUUGGCUAAGGACGGUAAGAAGUGGACGAAAGCUUAAAACGUAGGCCGGAAUUUUUCAAUUUUGACAGAAAAUUAUUCUAAAAUUGUUUAAUUUUCUCGCAAAGCUGGCAGGAUAGCGGGAGCAACUUCGGCAGAUCGAGAGGAGUGCACGCUGAGAGAAGAGAGAAGACGCUUUGAUACUGACGUGUGCAGACGCUGAAAUCCGCCAGCUACGCAGGUCAGAUGGAGAAUUAAUUAUAUACAUAUGUCUUUUUAUUUUUGACCAAAGGCCAUUUUCUUCUUCAUCAGCGAAUAGGUACCUUCAUAAUGAAUUAACGUAUAAGAAAUAUAAGGUCUACAAGGUAGUUUAAUUUGUACAAGAACUUAGGAGAUCUUCUCAUUUCUCGUUUCUCGUUAUACUGCUUGCCGUUCGAGUGUAGUUCAUUUAUGGUGAAACUCUUGGCAGAGGCUCUAUGCAGGGCCAAAAAUCUUCGCCAUACCAAAAUUGCUGCUCUAUUUAUUUUCAUUCUGGUGAGAUAAUCGUCACAGACAUCAGUCAGUCUUUGUUCUUAUCCAGCUGUUUAAAUGCCCGCUCCAAGCUAUUUGGGCGACGUGAAGAACAACAGGCGACACUGAUUUCUGGAUAAAAUAUUCGAUGCGACUUUUCAGUCGAUUCGCGCUCACGUUAGAAAUUCUCUUCGGCAAUUGCUGUGAGAGCAACACUUCGCUGACUCUUGAGAAAAGCUUCAUUAGCUACAGAUAUUUUUUGUUUCCGAUGAUUAUUUCAUACCGAGUUUCUUUUGGUGCGCGUUCUUCAAGAUGCAGACGGUUUCAAAAUAGUUUGCUUGUAACGCCAAUGGAGGAGCUUCAUGAUCAGCGAGAAAUAUAAGAGUUUUAGGCUGCGGGCUUGUAAAAACAGCAGGUGCAAAAAAAAAAUAAAAAGAGAUAAAAUCCUCGCCAAAAAUCCUUGAAAUAUCUAUGCACGUCUCUUUCCCUCUGCAAUGUUGAGAUGUUAUUGCAAAGUUACGUGGCUACAACAACAUUCAGGGGCACCCAACGUCAAUUUUCGGAAAAUAUCUGUUCGGAAGACGAUUUGAGAUCUAGAAUUUUCGGAACAUUUGUUGUAAAAUUUCUGGCUUGCCUGCCUCUCCUAGGAUUUUCGAACAUCUAAAAAAGGGUAAAAUUGCCCAUUUUUAACGGAUUUUUACCCUAAAAAGGUUACCUAGAGUUUUCAGGAGCCUUUUUUCUAGCUGAAAUUUUCGAAGACGUAAGUUUUGAUCCCUAUAAUUUUCGGAUCAAUAGACUUUCAGCUAGGAAAUCCGAACGGAUGAAAAUUUUUUAGGGGAUAAAAAUAUGCCUAUAUCUACCGUUUAAACACUAAAAUACGUUUAACAAAGCUGUGUUUAAGUGUCGAUUAAGUGGUUCUGAACUAGAAACGGAGGGGGGAAACGAAAGCGAGCAGAAUUUUCCAAAGUGCUUCAAGGUUUUUAAGAUUGUGAUCUUAACUCGUAACUAGUGAUAAAAUAUAAAAAAAUUUGCACUUUUAGCUUUGUCGUAUUUUAAAAAUGUCUAGUAUUAGCCAUUUUAACAAGUUCGCAAAAUGGCCCGGCAAAUGAAAAAAAAAGAUGAUAAGAAAAUGGGAUUGAUAAAACCCGUCUCACCAUAUGUGUAUCUGUCCGGCGCGCAGGUUAGCUGCCGACGUAUCUAAUUCUUACUAAAACAUCACCUUUCAUCAGCGAUUCUUUUCAUUUGGUCAAACAAAAGCGUCCAUCAGAGACUGAUGUCUUCACUUUAAAUUUCAACAGAAAACACUUCUCACGACCAUCAUGGUUAAUGUACAGUGAUUUUGGUAUAUGAAUGAUGAAUAUUCAGUUCUUGGAGAGCUAUACAAAGUAUCUAUUUUGUAUUUUUUUUCUCAGUUUUAUUUCCAUUCAAGGAAACCUCCCCGCUACGGCUGUGCUUCCGCCAGCGGUACAACUUUGGAGCACCUUAAAAUCAGAUAAAUUAAGAAUAUUUCAGCAUUACACUCGCUAAAAUCAUUAAAGUAACAAGUUUAUCACCACACACCUGCCUGAGCUGACUGAUGUGCAAGCGCCUCUUGAUGGCAAAACAUCAGAUACAGCAGAUAGCGAAUAAUACGGGUAAAUUAAUUGCUAACUCUGCAAUAAAUUUUUAAGUCCCCCCCCCCCCCCCCCCCAAAAGAUAGCCUCGAAUGAACGAUUUUGAGUUGAGAUCUACACGCUGUUUUAUUAUUUACUUGUCAAUUUUUUUUCGCUACAAAUGCAUGACGGUAAGCUACUGUUAUAAUAAAUUGACACGGUAAGCAAAUGCAUAUGUUUCCUGACUAGCAUGACAAAUGUUUUCCUGACUGAGUGGUUGUAAGAUGCUUAUGUUUUAGCUUGCCGUCGCGACCAUGCAGCCCGAGGUGGAGAAUCGCUGAUGUAGUCUAAAAAAUUAUCCUCUUCCUUCACUUUUUCAUCUCAGUCACGGGCACGAUUUUAUUUUCAUCUGCCUUUUUCAGCCCUUGAUUUGAGAAAAUUAUUAGAAAAGACUUUAAUAAUAAGGAGAUCCUACCGCGGUCUGGUUUGGUUUCAUGUACUCUCAGUCAGUUUUAUACCAUAGUUCACAGUUUAGGCUUAGCUAUAAUCACUCAAGUAUUCAACUUUUUGUUGUCGUAGAUCUUUUUUUAUUAUUAUCUGCUUCACUCCUUUUUCAAUUCCUUUUGCGGUAACAGAAGUCAUCUUUUUUGUUCUAGAGAUUAACUGUGUUCCCGUAAAAGCCUUGGCGAUCAAUGAAUCACUUUGAUUGCUAUAUAUAAAAUCUGCAUCACAAGGAAGACUGGCUUUUUCAGCGCGGGAAGAAAACAACACUUAAAGUCCAGCGAUUGGGCGGCAUUACAAACGAUUUUUUAAAGCUUCCUUUCUAGGAAGGAAAAGAAAGCAUCGCUAUCACGACAGGUGAAAAAGGCGCCCUAAACGAACUGACCACAUCACCUGCAAGGACAUUUUUGAGUCGUGGUCGUUUCGCCCGAAAGUCGAUUCGCUCGAAGUUGUUUCGCCCAGACGUAAGCUAACUCGCUCGAUCACAAACAACACUCUACAUCACGGCUUAUCAGAGCUCUUUGUUUUAGUUAAGUUUUGGAUUCUAUUAUUGCGAUUGCUAUAAACGUUCCAGCGAUCUGGACGACCUUAGCGAUCUCGAUAAUCACAUUCCAGAUACUAAAAGACUCUACAUAAAAACUGGCUGAAGUCAACAUCACUGAACGUGUACCGCCGAAAUCUCAACGAUCGCUACGUCUAUCUUUGGUAUAUUUUACGUGAAGUUUUCACUGGAUAAAGUUGUUGAUCCACAUUUGCAGUAACUGCCUUAUCACGAUUAUUUCUUUUUUCAGGCUAAAGAACGACAAAUAAACAUGGGGCGAAUCUACUCACGUUUGGGCGAAACAACUUCGGGGUGAAUCGACUUUCGGGCGAAACGACUUGUUACGUUUCAUUCAGAGCCGGACCGGACGCAACUGAAGGAGAUACUACUCAACUAUAUUUGGCGUCAGUGAAUUUAAAAAUGGAUUAAAAUUAAAAGAAGCUGUUUGAGAAGCUGUGCCCUUCUUUAAACGCGUUGCAGGGAACAUAGAUGGUUGUAAACACUGAUAAACAAUGGCGUUCUUGCCUUAAGUGUAUUCCUUGAUUGAACUCAGUAAUUUGCAUAAAAUAAGCUUUUCACUUAUGCACCUGCCGGUAGAAAUGAUAACAAAUGUGAGUUUAAAACAAAGAGGCCUGCUAGAAAAUUACAAUUAUAUGGCUCUACGGCGAGAUAAAUGUGUCUUCAUAAUCAUUUGUUUUUCAUUUCUUUACAGAACCCGUCGUAUUACGAGCGUCUUUUGGGAGCUAGCUUGACCAGUUAAGACGAGGGGUAGUUCAUUGCGCAGUGGACGGAAGAAAGAGCUUGUAGCAAAAGCGAAAGUAACCAUGCAGCAGCAUUACGAACAGUGGGUCGCUACCACGGCGUUUGUGUCUCCUCUCUAUAUCCUGACUUUCGUCCUUGGUUCGCUUGGCAAUGGAAUGGUGAUCUAUUCGUAUGCAACAGACCAGACGAUUCACCGAACUUUUCACUUCCUAAUCACAAACUUAGCGAUCGCUGAUCUCAUCAUGUGCCUGCUAUUUACACCAAUACUCUUCAUCUACCGGGUGUACGCAAAAGCCGAGUUGAUCAGCUACACGCCUGUUUGCGAGAUAAGCCUAUUCCUGUCGAUGGUUAGUAUUUCUAUGAUGUACUUUUUGUUUCCACUCUUGGCGUACCAUCGCAAAGAUGCCAUGUUACGACCGCAGCAACCGAGGCUCAAUCUGGCGCAAACGCGCCUGGUGGUGUUUUUCUUUUGGUUUCUGAGCACUUUCGCUGGUGGAUUAAUGAUCUUGAUGGCACGACGCGAAUUUGGAAGCGGUGAUCCUACCCCUAAACUUUAUCGCUGUCUUCUCAUCAAUCAGAGCUUGGAUCGGUACGCAAAAAUCUUCCUCGGGUAUUCUGCGACACUUUAUGGCCUGUCUAUCGCUGUAACUGCUGUUCUGUAUCUGCACAUAUUCCGCACCCUUGGUACCAACAUCGAAGGAGUCAACGGCUCAGCCGACGAGCGACACGUCACGAAGCUAUGCUUUUGGGUUGCUAUCGUGUACACCGCGUUCUGGACGCCAUUUCUUCUCGUACAGCUAGGCGGCGUAUUCGGUAAUUACACAGAGCUUCAUUUUAACCUACACGGCUGUUCCUCGGGUAUAGGUGUCAUUGGCUCGGCUGUGAAUCCGCUGUUAUACGCAAUCAUGCAUCCGUACUAUCGAGCUAAACUCCGGGACUUGUUCAAUCGCCUGACUUGUCGCUCCGGGUGAAUGUAGUAUAAGAAAACGGCUACCAACAUAAAUAAUCAGUUGUAGCAUUUUUGUCCAAAAACGUGUGAAAGAGACAAGUCAAAGUAAACAUUUCACGUCUUUUCCAAAAGCCGCGUUCGUAGAAUAAGCUAAGAGGAUGCUAUGUCAUCUCCUCUUCCUUUGAGUGAUAGUUUUGCAGAGUCAAACUCCUAGUGAUAUAAAGACUGUAAUACUAAGACUG